UUUAGCAAUGCCUUACAGACUCGAGUCAGUAUUUACAAGAGGCUUUGGGGAAACAUUGUAACCUCCUUGACGCUGGUGCACAGGCCAACUUUUGCUACCGCAGCUUCCUCAAUGUGGCGAAUCUGCCGCUGCGUCACGAUGGCUGGACACCUAGGCAAGCGUGUGGAAUCUGCUGGGGGAAGUAGGACGCGAAAGGUUCUAGAGCUCCUACCGUCAUGGCGGCGGCUGCCCCAAAGGCCGGGGCUUCAGCUCCCGAAGCGGCAGCUUCCGCCGAAGCUCCGCUGCAGUACAGCCUUCUUCUGCAGUACCUGGUGGGUGACAAGCGUCAGCCCCGGCUCCUGGAGCCUGGCAGCCUGGGCGGGAUCCCGAGUCCCUCCAAGAGCGAGGAGCAGAAGAUGAUCGAGAGGGCGAUGGAAAGUUGCGCUUUCAAGGCUGUGCUAGCCUGCGUGGGAGGAUUUGUCUUGGGAGGUGCAUUUGGGGUCUUUACAGCCGGCAUUGAUACUAAUGUAGGCUUUGACCCUAAGGACCCUUACCGGACACCAACCGCAAAGGAAGUUCUGAAAGACAUGGGACAAAGAGGAAUGUCAUACGCCAAGAAUUUUGCCAUCGUGGGCGCCAUGUUCUCGUGUACUGAGUGUCUGGUAGAAUCUUACCGGGGAAAGUCAGACUGGAAGAACAGCGUCAUCAGCGGCUGCAUCACUGGUGGAGCCAUUGGUUUCAGAGCUGGUGUGAAGGCCGGGGCCAUAGGUUGCGGAGGUUUUGCUGCUUUCUCUGCUGCAAUCGAUUACUACCUACGGUGAAAGAAAUGGCCUGAAAGGAAGGAGGAUGCCGGCCACUUUCAGGGCUCUUCUAUGGAGCAGUUUCUACACGCUUGGCAUUGCUUCAGGGGCGAAGCCAGUUGUUUCCUCUACAGUUGGUUGUGUGAGAGAACCACCUCACUGUUCUCUGCUUCCAGCCACUGGAGCAGCCAACUUUUCUACUUCUGAAUUCCAACCAGGUUUUUCAGUGUAGAAGGUAUGCCUCCUUGCAGUGAAAAGAUCAGGAGGCAGCGUGUUGACUGUUAAGAAUUGAGCUCGACCCAGGCUCAGUCCUGACUUCACUCAGCUCGUUGUGAACAGGGAGGCGGCAGUAUGUUUGCCCAUAGCUAGGAAGCUCUUCUUCCUUGAGACUGUGUAAGCAUUCGUCUUGAGUACCAGGGCAGGGCAAAGUAAACUUAUGCCAUCCAGGCAAGUAUAGCA